UACUCACAAGCUUCAACAGUUAACAGGUCUGAACGAUGCUCAAACGAGCUCCCUCCCCUCCCUCUUCGCCAAAACCUGCCUGCGCUCUCCAGACGUCGCCAAGCCCGACCCCAACCUCGCCGAACUCCAAGCUCUAGUCCUCAGCCAAUGCGCCAGCACAGCCAAGGGCGGCAGCGCCGAGCGCGCCGCCGCACGGCUGCUGCACCCGCUCCUGGUCGCCACGAUCCGACAGCUGGGGCUGCUCAAGGUCCACGGCGAGUGCACGCUGGCCGCGCGGAGUGCGCGCGCGUGGGAGACGUGGAUCGGCAAGGAGUCGCGCAAGCGCGUGCUGUGGGGCGUCUACGCCGUCGACUGCUACCAGGCCCUCCUCUGCGGGAGCAAGUCGCUGCUCUCGCCGCAGGAGACGCGGGCGUCGUUCCCGUGCGACGAGGCGAGCUGGGCAGCCUGGUUGGCAGCGGGGUGGGCGGCGUUGCCCCCGCAGGAUCCGUCGAGUUGCUUCCAGUCCUCGGUGAAGGGGUUGAUGGCGGGGCGGGAGGCGUCGACGGCUUCGAGGCUGACGGCGUGGGAUUUGAAUAUGUUGGUCUUGGCGUUGCAUUCGCUACUGCUCGAGGCGCAGACUUCCAUUCUGCCGGUGGAUCUGUCGGCGAUGGAGCGCGCGCUGCACGCGUGGAAGGCUUGUUGGGAUGGGCUUGCUGGAGGGGGUGUGGAGCGGCGGCAGCAGCAGCCUGUAAGCCGUGCUGGGGGGCUGUUGAUCACCAAUAGCGUGACGCUGUACUACCUGGCUGUUUACCUUUUGAAGCACGAGCGACCCGAUUUGAAUGAGAAGGGCGUAUUUGGGGAAGUCGACGAAUCCCGGGAAUCCUCUUAUUAAGAAAGAGGAGGUUUAUCAGGAGACGAUGACGAAAUGGGUGCAGAACAUGCUUGAGGAGCUCAAUCGGGGAGAGAUAAGCGGUGUUGACAGUUUCCGAGGGAUGUAAGCGUGGACGAAGGAUUGCUGAGUGUCCUACAGUGUGACCUGAUCGCGUUCGUUUAGGCCGGUUCUGCAAUCAAGGUAGCUUCAAUCUUCCAUGAGUAUGUGAUUUAUCGCACGAUCUGUUCAGCCCCUCGUACGCCCAUGUUUUUAAUCUAUCAAUUCUUUCCUGUUAUCGAGGAGUAGCAAUAAAGCAU